AUGAGGCUGCUGUGGACUCUCCCGACCCUCUGGUUGUUGGCAGCAGAGGAUCUCUCUGCCCACGGGGCCCGGACCCGCAGAGAGCUGGCACCGGGCUUGCACGAGCGGGGGAUCCGUGACGCCGGAGGCUCGUACUGUGAGAGGAGCGAUGCCUGCUGCGCCGGCAGGGACGACGCCUGCACCGUGCCUUACCUGGAUACCAUCUGCUACUGCGACCUCUUCUGCAACCGCACUGUCUCCGACUGCUGCCCUGACUUCUGGGAGUACUGCCUGGGCAUCCCACCCCCCGUGCCUGUGCACAAAGGUUGUGAUCGUGGUGGACACAAGUACCCAACCGGAGCCACCUACAGAGAAAACUGCAACCUCUGCACCUGCAGCGGGAACGGGAAGUGGGACUGUGAGCAGCACGCCUGCCUCAUCGAUGGCGAGAUGAUUGAUGCCAUCAACAGAGGGAAUUAUGGCUGGAGAGCCGCCAACUACAGCCAUUUCUGGGGGAUGACGCUGGACGAAGGGAUCCACUACCGGCUGGGGACCAUCAAACCACCCCCCACGGUCAUGCACAUGAACGAGCUGCAGAUGAGCAUGGACACCAACGAGCGGCUCCCCAGCCAUUUCAACGCAGCUGACAAGUGGCCCGGGUUGGUCCUCGAGCCCCUGGACCAGGGCAAUUGCGCCGGCUCCUGGGCUUUCUCCACGGCAGCGGUGGCAUCGGACAGGAUCUCCAUCCAUUCCAUGGGGCACAUGACGCCCGCCCUGUCCCCCCAGAACCUGAUCUCGUGCGACACCCGGAACCAGCAGGGCUGCAGCGGGGGCCGGAUCGACCGGGCCUGGUGGUAUCUGCGCAGGAGAGGGGUGGUGACAGACAGCUGCUACCCCUUCACCAGCCGGGAGAAGGACAGCGCCCCCGCAGGCCGGCCCUGCAUGAUGCAAAGUCGCUCCACGGGCAGAGGGAAGAGACAAGCCACCCAGCAGUGCCCUAACCCCCAGACCCACUCCAACGAGAUCUACCAGUCGACCCCCGCCUACCGCCUCUCCUCCAGCGAGAAGGAGAUCAUGAAAGAGCUGAUGGAGAAUGGGCCCGUGCAAGCCAUCAUGGAGGUUCACGAGGAUUUCUUCGUGUACAAGAGUGGAGUCUAUCGGCACACGCCGGUGAUGGCUGGGAAGCCGGAGCACCACCGGAGACACGGCACCCACUCAGUGAAAAUCACAGGGUGGGGAGAAGAGAGGACGCCCCAGGGGCAGACUCAGAAGUACUGGGUGGCUGCAAACUCCUGGGGCAAGCACUGGGGAGAGGGCGGCUACUUCCGCAUCGCCCGGGGCGCCAACGAGUGCGAGAUCGAGACCUUCGUGGUGGGCGUCUGGGGCCGCGUCAGCAUGGAGGACAUGCGGCGCCGGAAGUGA